GUUGAACUUUAUAAUAAUUUCUAAUCCUAAUAUGAACAACUUGCGUUUGAACAAAGAGUCAAGCUACAACAGAAGCUUUGAAAGGGAAAAUGGAUACAACCCUUUGUACUUUGGACAUAAUAAUUCUAUUACUGAUUUUUCUAAUAACCCAAUGAGAAAGGAUCAACCUGGUAGACAGAUAAAUCUUUUCGUUGAACUGGCUGACGAAGCUAAUAAUAAUGGAAAGCCUGAUGAGCCCUUGAACAUCGGGUUUUUACAAAAGAACGGAAGCUCUGUUAGGCCAUCUUUCUUCAAAGAUAGGUCAUGUAAUAGUACGUUCUCUUUGAAUGUGAAUACUGGCAAUGAUAUCUGAUUUCACAAUCCUAUUCCUAUCAAGCCAAAGUUUGAUGAGGGAAUGCCGAGGAUGCAAUUCCUCAGAAGAGACUCAUCAAUUAAGGAAUCUCCAAGGUUUGAAAACAGCUUUGUUCCAAGUUAUUUUCCGCCUAAAAUUGAACCAAAAGAGGAAGAAAAUACAGUGCAACAAGAUUCAGGUGAUCUCUGGGUCAAAAACCAGGAGGAUAUGUACGAUAAGAAAGAAUUCAACUGGAACAAUGAGGUUGAAGGCCUUCUUGAUUCUGAAGAUGAGCUCCAGCUUCCUGAAAAUCAGAAACCUAAGAAAACUAGAGCUGCUAAGCCAGCUCAAACUCCAAAUGUGAAUAUCAGGAGACACAGGAAAAAGUCUAAGAAACAAUUGGAGGUUCUCAACUCAUACUUCAAUAUGGACGAGGAAUGGACACUUGAUUUGGUAGAGAAGCUUUCAACUGAUCUCAAUCUGGAAAAAGACCAGGUUUAUAAAUGGAACUGGGAUAAGAGGAAGAGGCUCAGAAAAAAGCAGGAAAAACAGCAAAAGGCAUCAGCCCUCAGAAAUAAAUAAAGAUCAACUCUUGUUACAAGAUUAGAAGAAGGACGAGCACUGGGGGAAAUUUGAAAGCGCUUCUUUCUAUCUAUAUUUAAUAUAAUUCUAAGAAAGUAU